AUGCGGGAAACCGAAAAGAAUCCCCUUCACAGGGGUUCAAUAAAGGAGUCGCCAGCGAACAACCUGGAAGAUCAUGACACAGCUCACAGUGGCGUGCUCGACGAUCGUGAAGCGGAGAAGGUCCUUCCUUACGACGCGGAUGACUCGCCUUUUCCGGAGGUGCGAGCAGUCGUUCCACCAGUGGAUGACGUCGAGUUGCCUAUAAACACCGUCCGAAUGUGGACUAUUGGCAUUCUCUUCACGAUUAUCGGGAGUGGGCUGAAUCAAUUCUUUAGCCUGCGACAGCCGAGUGUAAAAAUCAGUGCGCUGGUCGCACAGCUUAUAGCUUUCCCGAUUGGGUGUGCAUGGGCACGGUGGAUGCCAUUGGGUUGGCUGAACCCAGAUCGCCGAUUCAACAUCAAAGAACAUGCCUUGAUCACGAUCAUGGCCAAUGUUUCAUUUGGGUCGGCUUCUGCCACACAAAUUAUCGAGGCAAUGGUCAAAUUCUAUAAGAUGCCGUCAGAGGGCGGAUUUCAGGUCCUCUUAUGCAUUACUACGCAGCUAUUUGGGUUCGGCGUAGCUGGGAUGGUUUCACGCUGGCUCGUGGAACCUGCGACUAUGAUCUGGCCGCAGGUCCUGUCGAACGCAGCUCUUCUCACCACCCUUCAUUCUAGAGCCAACCGAGUCGCUGAUGGCUGGGCUAUCACGCGAAUCAGGUUCUUCCUCUUCGUUUUCGUUGGUGGCGCAGUCUGGUAUUUCGUCCCAGGAUACCUCUUUGCUGGCUUGAGUUUCUUCAGCUUUAUAUGUUGGGCUGCACCGACCAACGUUGUGGUCAAUCAGCUCUUCGGACAGAAGUCCGGACUUGGGAUGUCUCUGCUCACUUUCGAUUGGUCCCAAGUCGUUUUCGCAAAUGAUAGCCCUCUCCUCGUCCCCUUCUGGGCAGGGUUGAAUGUCAUGGGCUCCUUUAUGCUGUUCUUUUGGAUUCUUGUCCCCAUAAUCUAUUACACAAAUACGUGGUAUUCUGCGUAUUUACCGCUCCUGGAUUCUAAUACUUUCGACAACACCGGCCGGUUCUAUGAUGUACACCGGGUAAUGAACAAGAACGGCACAGUCGACGCCGAUGCUUAUCGAGACUAUUCUCCGAUGUUCAUACCAGCUGGAUAUGCCGUGACAUAUGGUGUAGCAUUCGCUAAUCUAACGGGGAUCUUCGUGCACACGGCUCUUUACCACGGAAAAGAACUGGUUCAGCAAUGGAGUGGCCGCCAUGAGAGAGACGUCCAUUCUCGUCUCAUGGAAUCAUAUGCCCCAGUUCCGUGGUGGUGGUUCGGAGCAGUGACCCUAUUGAUGUUCAUAUUAAGCAUUGUCACCAAUGAGGUGUGGCACACAGCGCUUCCAGCGUGGGCAGUCCUGCUGGCCUUCGUGCUGCCGAUCAUCUAUUUCAUCCCUGUGGGGAUUGUCAAAGCCCUAACUAAUAUCACGAGCAACCAACUCAACUUGAUUACCGAAUUCAUUGGUGGCUAUGCAUUUCUCGGUAAACCCGUCGCCAACAUGGCUUUCAAGUUUUAUGGAUACGUAACGGUCUCACAGGGUCUAGAAUUUGUAGCUGACAUGAAAUUCGCACACUAUCUCCACAUCGCACCGCGCACACUCUUCUUUGCGCAAGGCCUAGCAACCCUAAUCGGCGCGGUCGUACAAUGUGGCGUAACUGUUUUCAUGAUCACCCGUUUCGACGACAUCUGCACGCCCGAUGCCGACGGCGAUUUCAUCUGUCCCCACGGCCUGGUGACCUACUCUUCCUCCAUCAUCUGGGGUGCCCUGGGCCCAGGUCGCAAUUUCAGCCCAGGCCAAAUAUACGGAAACCUGCUCUGGUUCUUCCUUGCCGGCCCCGUUAUCAUCGUGAUAACAUACCUGCUCGGCCGCCGCUGGAAAGCAGUAAACUACGUCUCGUGGCCCGUUGCAUUCGGAGCCAUGAGCCUUGUCCCGCCGGCCACAGGCAUCAACUUCUCCUCGUGGUGGGUUGUCAAUGUUAUCUUCAAUGGCCUCAUUAAGCGGCGGAGACCGGCUUGGUGGUCGAAGUAUAACUACGUCCUCAGCGCAGCAUUAGAUUCAGGCGUCGCGGUAUCGACCGUCGUUAUAUUCUUUUGUAUCAUGCUACCAGCCGGCCCACUGAAAUGGUGGGGGAAUAAAGUCUUCUUGGAGACGGCCGAUGGACGGGGAACACCGUGGAAGAAUCUUCCUCCGCAGGGUUGGUUCGGGCCUAGUAGUUGGGAGUGA